AUGGAUGCCGCUGAGGGCUUGGAACAGCUUUUCGCAGCGCAUUCGGCCGUGCCUGCGUUAGCCGUGUUGCAGCUACUACGGAAGGACUUGAGCCAGCAGCAAGCUCAAAUUCUGUUUAAGAACCACAGGCAUUGUCUUCAGAUGGGAACAUGUAGUUUUGGUCGGCGCGGGCGAGCAGCGUACGCAUUGCGCACAGGUACCGAGGUGCAGCGUCUCAGGCUGGAUUUCAGCCAACAAAGCCUCAAGAGCUGCUGCACAACCACCGGAGGUCCUCUUCGUGUUGGAGAGAGAACCACUCAGAAAUGGCUGGAGGCGUCCAAGCUGUUCCGCUUUCCGGGAGCUGUCAUUUUGAUGUGUGGGACGGAUUGCCUUCUGGGGGCUACAAGCGAUAAUAGCAAGGCAGAGUGGCUGAGCGAGGAGCAGGAACAGGCAGGUAUAUGGGGCACAUGCAUGACCCGGGAACAUCUGUGUGUAUGUGUGCGUUACAUGGUCGUGGGUUCCACUCGGGAACAUCUAUCGUCCGUGCACACGAUCAAGAUCUCCGGCAAGAAAAGAAAAGCGAAGGAGGAAAAUAAAGCAGCAGCACCAGAGCAGCCAAAAAGAGAAAGGCGAGACCCUGUUGCAAAUAGAUGGCUGGACAACCUCCGCACAAAGCCGACGCCGCACAGCGCAACUAGCUAG